UUUUUUCUUUUUUUUUUUUUAACCCAGAAAAGAACACCACAUUUUGCACUGGAUAUAGUCCCCCUUUCUUGAACUGCUUAUUUUUUUAAAACCAAGAAAAAAAACACCACAUUUUAGGGUUUCAGUGGAAAUCUUGAAGAUGGUAAAGAAGAUUUGUAGUUUCCAGUGGAUUGUUGCUCUAGGGUUUCUGCUACUUGCUGCUACUUCUGUUUCAUCCAAGAAUCAUGGAAAUCAAGCAAACGACCUUGUUGACGUUAUCAACAAGAACCGAACAGCAAAAAAGCUUCCACAACUAAACAACAGUCCGGGUCUCGGCUGCAUAGCCUUACAAUACAUAAAAGAAUGCAGAGCCAACUGCAGUGAAAACAACACGGUCAACUGUAAACCACCAGAAAACGACUUCACCGAAAUAUUCGCCCCAAAUUGUGGGGUCGAGCUUCCUACAUUUGGCACAAUCUCGGGACUCAUUGUCGGCUGUCAACAAAAGCAUCUAGACCCCCCAGAAGCCUUCUCGCGGGUGCUCAUCCACAACAACAGAACGCUUUCAGUCAUACACAAUAAGACGCAUACUGAAGUUGGAGUCGGGAUUGUGCAUGCGAAAAGUCAUAAAGGCCCUUACUUGUGGUGUGCUUUGUUUGGCAGUAAUAAAAAGAACUCUACUUUUGUUCUUGAAGAUCUUGGCAAAGGGAUUGAGCAGAAGGAAGGGUGUUACAGUGGGAAUGGUGUUUCUUGCAGCUCGGGAGGGCGAAAUGGUCAUUUUGUAUUUGCAAUAAACUGUGUUUGGACAUUGGUUUUCUGUUUUCUUGUAUUGAUUAGAACUGGUUUCUUUUAAAAUUGUACAAUUUUGGAGUGUGUUUCUUUUUAUUAGGAAAACAUGUGUUUGUGUA